AUGGAGCAAACUAGGGUGAGAAAGAAGAAUGAGGAAGAAAAGGUAAAGGAUGGGAAGCAAGAUAAGGUGAAGGGCAGGACAAGGAGCUCAUCCAUAGGUUACAUUUUGGCCCAGCAUAUUAGAGAUGCUUUUGAGAGUGAAGAUGAAAUAGAGAAGUUGACAACCGAAGAUCAAAUUCAGUUUUGGCGGAAUACGGCCAAAAUUAAUUGGAAACUGCUCCACACUGUCAAGCGUAGUAAGCGCCUUCAAUGGGAGGAAUGCUCUAAGGAGAUACAUAGGCUGAACAAGAAAUUAGAGCGUUAUGAAGGGACCGCUGACUUGAUUGACCCCGAAGACCUGAAGAAGAAUGUGAAGGGGAUUAUGUCACAGAAAGAGGGGCAUACAGGGUCUGCACAAAAGAAAAUAAGGAGGAGUAUUGAUUCUGAGGACAGGGGUGAUGAUGGAAUUUGCUUCGAUUAUGACGAGGUAACCAAUAUUGGCAAGGAAGCAGAGAAGGAGUUAGAGAAAGGUGAAUGGCAAGAGAUGGAGGAUGAUAAUUUGGAGAAAGCUGUAGAGAGUGAGGAGGAUAAGAAAGAGGAAGUGACUGUGGAUGAGAAGAAAGAGGAAGAGCGAGAGCAGGAGAAGAAUGAGGAAGAGGAAGAGGAAGAGGAGAAAGUGGAAGAGGAAAAACAUCAGAAGAAAGAUGAAGAAAUAGUGGUGGAGAACAGAGAGGGGGAAUGUGCUGAGGAGAAGAAAGAUGAAGAAAGGAUGGAAAGUCUGGAAGAGGAAAAAGGAAAGAAGAAAGAUGAAGAAAAAGUGGUGGAAAACAGAGAGGGAGAAUGUGCUGAGGAGAAACUGGAUGAAGAAAGGAUGGAGGAUGGAAAACAGGUGCAAGUUUAUCAGAAGAGAAUGAAGAGAUUAGCGUCAAAGGGGACUAGGGGACCAAGUACCAGAAGGCGGACGCGCUCACAACUAGUCCGCACCCCUUUCACUCAAGAAAAGAAGAAGGAAGUUCAUCAAGAGAUAAUUAACAUAUCACACCACAAGGAGGAAGAGAGGGAAAAAAUCAGGUUCUAUUGUAAGCCUGAUGAAUGCACUUGGGAUUUUUUGGGGAAGAGGAAAAUCAAGAAGAAGGAGGAGGCUCUUUUGAAGUUGCUGAACGAGGAUAUUCCUAACAUUGAUGAUUUUAGCAUACGUUUGAUUGAUAGUAAAGGAACCUUCGUUCACAACUUUAGAGUACCUCAACACGUAUUAUCAAAGCUCACACCAGAUGAGAACAGAAGGAUCUCUGAGUUUUGCAAUCAAAAAGCCCAUCAGUAA